ACAAAACGAUGUUAUAACACGCUCUGCAAGGACUCUGCACAUCACUCCCCCUUCCUCUCCCUCUCUCUUAUCCUCGUGUUACAACCAUGUCUCUCCCUUCGCCUCCCCCGUCUCACGAUCACGACCGGCCCGACCUCGAAUUGAUCCGCGCGGUCGUCGCCUCGGUGAAUAAAUUCAUUCGGCAAUUCCUGGCCGACGGCGCCUGUUCUUGGAGCAGCGUCAAGUCGACUUGCAUUUCGAUGCUCCAGGCCCAGAAGCACGAGUUCUUCGAGUUCUCGGACCACUCGGUGCUGUCUAAUCUCUACUGGGGCAUCGGCAACAUCGAGGAGGCGAUCUGGGCCGAGUGGCCCGGGGAGCGCGAGUCCCGGCUGAGGAGCUCGGAGGGGAUGCUGCAAGUCCCGGCGUUGCUUGACGAGGAAGGCAUGACUUCUGGGAUAGCGAACCGCGAUUUGAUCGCCAUCUCGUACUUUUACCUCUGUGUGGUCAAGAGGCUUCAGGGAGAAGAUUGGCAGGUUGCUAUGCAUUUUCUUCAGGCGCUCUCGGUGUGUCCCGGGCUAGUCAGGAACGUGUUUGCACCGGAACUCUGCAAACUGCUCUUCCUGUCUGGGGUCGCACGGUCAAAAAGCAAGAAAACGGGUGGACAUAGAAAUUCCGGGCUGGUUCGCCUUGUCGACUCAAAUGAAGAAGAAGCUCUUGAGCCGAUGAAACAGAUGGCCAGGAAGUUCAAAGGUUGGUUGAUGUACUAUCAGGUCAUGCUUUAUGGUGAGACCCCUCAGUGGGAUUGUGGAUCCAGAGAAGUUCUGUCUCUACAGGAUGACACAAACCGUUUCACGGACGAGCAGUCUGCACACAUUGAAUCUUCGUAUUCGAUUGGAAAUGGACACGAUUGGCUACACGACAGUGAGUUUCAGAAAGUGCAUCCGCUUUAUCCUGAGAAAGACUCUAGGGAUGACACAAUGUGCAGCAAUGGUGCAGCAUUUGCAAAUUGUGCGGAAGACUGUAGGCAUUUAGGAAAAGCGCCAAAAUCUCACGUCUACAAGGGAGAAAUUAAAGAAAACGAAAGCAGCAGAUGUCUUCAGGACAUGCUGGAGGAACCCCAGUCAGAUUCAUCAACUUCCGCGAACUCGAUACAAGGUGAUUCCGCCAAUGAAGGUGACACGGAGGAAGCUAAAUUGGAUAUCGAGAGCUCAAUUAGAAGGAUGAGAAUUGAUGUGGAACUGCAAGAAAUAGACACUUAUUGUAGGAAGCAGCAAAGUCCAUGCUCUACUUCAGAGCCGGAGUGCAAAGCAAUAUGCACGGCAGGUCUUCCCCAUCCUCCUCGACAUCGAAGAUGCAGGGGGCCCGCGGAAGCAAACAUCGCUAGGAUCUUCGCCGAAACAUUACCCGAUUCCUUUGGUGAAUUUAAUGAAUCCCUCUUGGAGCUCAGAGACAGAAAGCAGAACAAUAAUGCCUGUUGGAAUCUUCAUAUGGAUGAGUUGAAGACAUCCGAGCAACAUGAUCACCAGCUCUUCAAUCAAAUAACGGCCACGUCGCAGAGGAAUCAUAGGGUUGCACGCAAAAGUCCCCAAAAGUCUCUUGCUCGGAAAGAAAACAAAUCGCGUGUGCAGAAUAAAUUGAUAAAAGAAGGUUCGUAUUCAGAGAAACCUUCCCAUCGUGACCUGAUGGGGGUAUUUGAGAAGGCAGUCUCGCAACUAUGUUUCUCGGAAGGAUUGAGGAAACUCAAUGAAGAAAACAUCGUCGAGAUCAUGGCGAUAUACGAGACUCUGAAUGACAAGAACGGAGUUAAGCACGCAGCACUGAAAGACGUGCUUCUGGAUCAGCUGCUAAAAGCUAUCUCAACUUCCAAAGAGGAGAGGGUGAUUCGAAUGUCGGUUUCUGUCUUGACCACUAUCGCUUUAAGCAACCAGUCGGUUUUAGGCGACAUAAGAAAGAAGGGUCUUCAAUUGUGUGACUUGGCGAGUGCUCUGAAAAGAAAUGUGCAUGAGGCGGCAAUUUUGAUUUAUCUGAUCAAUCCAUCUCCUACAGAAAUCAAGACUCUGGAAUUGCUGCCUAAUCUUGUGGAGAUAGUAUGCACUUGGAGCAGUUAUAAGCUCAAGCGGACAUCUGUCUUGUUGACGCCUCCGAUGGCAUCGCUCAUGAUCAUUGAAAUGUUGGUCACCGCAUUUGACAAUACCACCAACAGCGCACACCUGGCAGCCCUCAACUCUCCCAAAGUCCUUCACGGGCUACUAGAUGUGGCAAGAGACUCAGGUGCUGAAGAAUCCAUCUCUCUGGCUAGAAUCAUUGUGAAAUGCAUGCAGUUCGAUGGGCAAUGCAGAGCCUAUGUCUCCCUAUCUACACCUAUUUCUCCAUUUAUUAGCCUUCUUCAGAACAACAAGAGGUGUGCCAAGUUCAUCGCACUGGAAUUCUUUCAUGAAAUCCUUUGCAUGCCAAGGUCAGCAGCUAACAGUCUACUGCAACGGAUAAGGAAUGAAGGAGGUGCCGACAUCAUGAACAUGCUGAUGCUCUGUGUCCAAAACUUGCAGUCUCAUCAUCAGCUCUUCGCUGCAAAUUUGUUGCUUCAAUUGGACACAUUGGAGAACCAAGCUGGCAGUAGCAUGUUUGUUGAAGAGGCCAUGAAGGUCCUCCUUGAGUCGCUGACACCCAAAGAAGACCCUAAGAUGCAUCAACUAUCGGCAUUCAUCCUAGCGAACCUCGGAGGAACUUAUUCUUGGACUGGGGAACCAUACACAGUGGCUUGGUUGGUAAGAAAGGCUGGGUUGGCCUCUGUGCACCACCGAAAUAUGAUCAAGGACUUUGAUUGGGAAGAUCAAGGACUGCUGGAUUCAGAAACUGAUUCAUGGUGUGGCAAAAUUGCAAGAAGCAUAAUCAAGAUUGGGAAUCCUGUCUUCCGAGCUCUUGAGACGGGCUUGAAGAGCAAGAUGAAGAGGGUGUCUCGAGACUCUCUCACCGCGAUCACGUGGCUCGGGUGCGAAAUCGCCAAAAGUGCGCAUACUCAGAGAUACGUUGCGUGCGAGAUCUUGCUGGGUGGGCUAGAGCAAUUCCUGCAUCCUGGGGUGGACCUUGAAGAGAGGCUUCUAGCUUGCUUUUCCAUAUACAACUAUGCCUCUGGUAAAGCAGGAAUGCAGAAACUCAUCCAUUUCUCAGAAGGGGUGCGGGAAUCGCUGAGGCGCUUUUCAAACAUCACUUGGAUGGCAGAGGAACUGCAUAGAGUAGCCGAUUUCUAUCUACCGAACAAAUCGCGCAUAUCCUGCGUCCACACACAAAUUCUCGAGGCUGGUCAUAGCAGUAGCGGAGCGGUAAAUGCUCUUAUUUACUACAAGGGACUUCUCUGCAGCGGACAUUCAGACGGGUCGAUAAAGAUGUGGAACAUCAAGGGGCACUCUGCGACACUUGUGUGGGACAAGAGGCAGCACAAGAAGGAAGUGACUUGUUUUUCGCUCCUCAAGCAAGGGGAAAGCCUUUUGAGUGGAUCUGCUGACAAGACAAUCAGGGUCUGGAAACUGGUCCAAGGGAAACUGGAAUGCUCAGAAGUGAUAGCUUUAAAGGAUCCCAUCCGGAGAAUGGACACUCUCGGAGAUGCGAUUUUCGCAAUCAUACCGGGCCAUGGGAUUAAGGUUAUUGAUGCAUCAAGAACAGUCAAAGAAGUUUGCAAGAGUAAAAAUGUGAAGUCCAUAUGCGUAAUCCAGGGAAAGAUUUAUGCCGGCUGCAAGGACUCGAGUGUACAGGAAAUAAUUCUAGCGAACAACAGAGAACGAGAGAUCAAAGCACCGUUGAAGAGCUGGAUGAUGCAAAAGCAGCCCAUCAAUUCAAUUGUCAGCUACAAAGACUGGAUGUACACUGCAAGUAUGGUGGUCCAUGGGUCGAACGUUAAGGAAUGGAGAAGAAACUGUGAAGCCGAGAUGAGAAUAGCGGUGCAGAGAGGAGCGAAUGUGCUCGCCAUGGGAGUGGUUGAAGACUUCAUAUACCUUAAUUGCAGCUCAUCAGCCAGUGCCCUACAGAUAUGGUUGAGAGGGACAGCGCAGAAAGUGGGGAGGAUUUCGGCUGGAGGGAAGAUAACGAGCCUUUUGACCGCGAAUGACGUUGUCAUCUGCGGUACGGAGGCAGGGCUUAUUAAGGGAUGGAUACCUCUGUGAUUGCUGCUGCAACUUGGCUGGCAUUGUCCUUUUUCUGGUGUAGUGCCCGGCAGAGGGUCAUCAGCAACGGUAAACGAUUAUUGGCGCGGUGCGGCGCUACGGAUUCUCUUUGUGGUGUAAAAAGCAAAGUGUACAAAGUCAAAUGGAGGAAAGUACAUACCAUAUAGAUAGAUUACCAUUAGUAGUUUUCUGUACCUUUAAAAGAAAUUCAUUGUGAUGAUGAGGAGCUCUAUGAUGCCAAAAUGGUUCUUUUUUCCUUCUUUGAUUCAGUUGAGCAACUGAGGAGAUCAUGUUUUGCAAGAAAUGAAAUGUAAAACUUACCUCA